GAUAAAGGGCUCAACGCAAAAUCCUUUGACAAGGUGAAUUCGCAUCGUGAGAACUUGUUGUCGGUGUAUGGGCUCAUGUACGCAGUGUACCUCAUCCGCUCAGUGGUGGUGGGCGGCACUGUUUGGCUUAGCCCUGAUUGUUCGUCGUGGCUCGUGUUCCUGACCCGCAAUAUUUACAAGCGGACCUUGGAUAAUUUGAAAGGCGACGUGACGAAAGCCAAAACCAGAGAGGACAAUGCUUGCGCAGAGGUUACAGCAUAUUUGGCCAUGAUGGCUGCUGUCCGUGGUGCCUACAUUGCUGUGGAGAACCCGCUCGCAUCGUUGCUGUUCAAGUUUGCUCCUAUUGCCUCUGCUCUGCAGAUACUGGGG